GGAAAAUCGAUAUUUAUCAUGCGUUCUCCGAGUCGACAACGGAUCACACAUGUGCGAAAUUCAACUUUGGUGUUGGUGAUGUACGAUGUCUUCACUUUUGUGUAUGAAACAACCAGGCGGAUCUGUUAAGAUCCAUUCUGAAGAUAUAGUGAAAGAACUUACACAAGACAAGGAUGCACCGCAAGUUCACAUGUCAGCUAGUAGGAGUAGACGCAGACCAAGCAGAAGGUCCGAUACAUCUUUGUCUAACCACCGCCAGACAGGAACUAAUGGAGUAGACUCCAAAAGUCUCAUUGGUCAAUCACUGAAAAUCCAGGAUUGGUUGAAUGAAAAAACAGUAAAAGACUUACAGGAGAAGUCUGACUCUGAAUCAAAAUCUGUGAAGAAAUUGUAUGGACCAUUACUGGAAGCAGAGACUACAUUUGUCAGGGAUGUGGAUGAGUACCUCGGAGACAAGGAGCUGCUGGAUCUCAGGAAGAAGGAGCUGUUACACAAGAAGUGGAAUGACCAGGUGUAUGAGCCCCUCCGUAAACAGAUCAUCGGUGUCAUGGAUGGUUAUGACUGGCCAGAUCUUGACCGCAGGAAACGAGAGAUGCACAAGCAAUACUUGGAAUUUCUGAAUGAUAAGGGGCAUGUUUUCCUGGACACCAUGGAUCCUGGAGAGUAUUAUGCACAGGCCCUCACUGGCCACAGACCUGCACCCAUCAAGGUUGAGACAGAAGCACUUCGAGACCCACUCUUGUCCCAGAGUCGAGAGCGGAACAUGGAAGAACGGACCAUUCUGCGAUGCAUGACCGGAACACGAUACACAGACCAGGAUCUGGAACAGGUCAAGCUGCCCCCUCUACCACUGGUCCCCCUGGGGCGCCAUGGCACCGACAGUCUGCAGUGGCUGCAGAUGCCAUUAGUCAAUAUAGAGAGCUCUCCAAGACAGAUAAGCAGGCGCCGAAUGCAUGGCCACGGAACAACCAGCAUGUUAAAUUUCGAGGAGUGGGCCCAACAAGAGUUUGACCCCCAAAUUGUCGACCGAGAGCUGCAGUGUCAGAAGAAACGCAUGUUCAAGGUGACCCCGCCGUACAACACUGUCCCCGUGGAGGUGCCACGCCCACCCAUGAUCGUGCAUCACGACAGAGGGGAACAUCAAGUAGUGACCAAAUGUAUCUGACCUCACAGAUACUGGACAAUGUCGGAAUCUCUGGACUGUUGUGUUGCAGUGGGAAACUUUACCAAAUGUGCAGAGUAGUUUAAUUAACAUUGCAUUUGAAAAAUUAACAUCAAUCUUGUCUGUCUAUGGUACAAAUAGUCGUGUGAAAUGCAACCAGUCAGUUGUAUGGUAAUCAUUUUUAUUGCAUUUAUUGAUCCUUGUAGAAUGGUACCUGGGAAGAACAAAACUUGUCAGUUUAUGGUGCUUUAACAGCGAUCAAUGUGAUUUAUUUAUGUGAACUUUCAGUUUUGAAUUAUACACUGAUUAAAAUUCUUCCUGAUGUAAGCUAGAAUGGUUGUUUGUUGAGAAAGUCAACAAGAAUUGGAUAUUGAGACCAAUAAUUUAAAUUUUUGUAAACUUUCUUUUGAAAGUGUUUGAUACACUGUUCUGAACCUGUAAUGAUUUGUUAAACUCUCAAUGAAGAGACUUUGUUUUAUAUUGUUAUUUCUCCAUUAAUGUUUUUUCUGUAUUUUCAAACCUAGAAAGUGAUGAUUGAAUUUAUAUGAAUCAGUUUGUAAUUUCUUGUUACCCAUAUCUUACAUAUUUGGUGAUGUCCUUUACUCAUCACUGAACUUUUGGAUCUCCAAUACAUGGUUGUUAGGCAAUAGAAUUGGUUGCUAGGUAAAUGUAUGAUGUAUAUCUUUAUAAUUUUAAGCCAAUUUGUUUUGAUAUAUUCACGAACUCACAUCAGCACAAGAACUAAAUAUAUUUACCAUAUUUGCACCCAAUCUUUUGAACGUGUAAAAGCAAUUAUGUAUUUCUUGUAUGUGAUAUACUGCUGACUUACGUAAUAUAUUCUUAUGUACAAUACAUUCAUAUGUAUAGUGCCUGAAUGCAUCUUCCUGUGGCUGCCUCUGUAGGCUCCAACUGCUGUUGUUUAUAUGUAUCUCCAGUGACUGCUAUGAGUUAUUUAUGUAGAUACAUGUUGUUUAUAUUCUAUACAGUCUUGUCUUUCAUCCAGCAUAAAUGCCUUAGCUAACAAGCAGUAUUAUCUAACACUGAAGGCAACACAACUUGCACAAGUCUGUAACUGAGAGCUACGUUUUUAAAGAACUGAUCAGGUUGAUUUUUGACAAUGAAAAAGAAUAAUGGAAAGUAAAGGGUGUUCUGAAUGUUUUACUUGUCAAGGAUUGUUGCCCAGUGUUAUUUUUUUGUAGGUUACUGUUCCAUGUUGGACACGGUUACUGUUUAGUGUACAGAAAUAAACAUUCUUUUAUUUGACAAUA